CGCUGGGAGGUGGAUACCAGAUAGGGCUACACAUACAUUGGGUCACCCAUUAUACAGGACUCCCCUUUUACAGAAAGUGAAGCAGCGCGUUGUGCAGUAGGCCGACCGAUAUUGUGAAAGGGUGGAAGGACCGGGCAGAUGCCGCACAGUGCGUGAGCAUGAUGCUGUUUGUGGACUCUUGAAAUCUUGUUCCGGGUGGAGUUUGCCGGAGCCUCAGUGCAGAAGAUAGAAUGAAUGUGUUUACAGGAACAUAGCAUAAACAAGGCUUGGAAGUGAUGGCAAACUGUCGAGACCCAUGGUUGCCUUGGGUGACAGUCCGUCAUGAGUAUAUUGGCCACAGAGCCUACCAGGUCCCUUAUUCUGUUGCUGUCUGGGACAUAAAGCAACUUAUCUUUGAAGAAACAGACUUUCCUGUCACGGAGCAGCAGCUGGUUCACAAUGGGAGAGUGCUGGAUGACAGAGUGCAGAUUGGGACGCUUGUGCCCACAGGAAGCCCUGAAAUACGCAUAACACUGGAAGCAAAGGGCCUGAAAGGGGGAGGGCGGUUUGGACAGACGACACCACCAUUGGUUGAGUUUUUGAAAGAUAUUCUAAGAAGAUAUCCUGAAGGUGGACAGAUUCUAAAAGAGCUGAUACAGAAUGCUGAGGAUGCUGGAGCCACGGAGGUCAGGUUUAUGUACGAUGAGACAGAGUAUGGAGUGGAGUCACUUUGGUCACCUGACAUGGCUCAGUAUCAAGGAGCUGCCUUGUAUGUGUACAAUGAUGCAGUGUUCACAACUGAAGAUUGGAAUGGGAUUCAGGAGAUAGCAAGGAGCAGAAAGAGAGAGGAUCCAUUGAAAGUUGGACGGUUCGGUAUUGGGUUCAAUUCUGUGUACCACAUAACAGAUGUGCCCAGCAUAUUCAGUGGAGAACAAAUUGGAAUGCUGGACCCUCACCAGACACUGUUUGGGACCAAUGAGACUGGUCAGUGUUGGAACUUGAAGACAGACAUGAAGGAGAUCACAGAGCUCAUUGACCAGUUUGCACCCUACAUAGGCUUAUUUGGGAGUACAGGAAAAACCAUUAAGGAUGGCAGCUUCUCUGGAACCCUCUUCCGCUUUCCCCUCCGCAUUAGACCCUCCCAGCUGAGUUACAACAUCUAUAACAAAGAGAAGGUCCUGGAGCUCUUUGAGUCUUUCAAAGCUGAUGCUGACACAGUGCUCCUCUUCCUCAAGAGUGUUCAAAAGGUCUCUCUGCAUCUGCGUGAAUCAGAUGGUACAGAACGUAUGCUCUUUCAGGUUACGGCUGGAGAGAACCCAGACGACAAGCUGGAGCGGCCCAACUCAUUGAAGACCCUGGGCCAGGCCACAGACAGCUACAACAAUGGAGUGCCCAGCAGUACUGUUACUUGCGCAACCUACCAGGUCAACAUUGAAACCCAGGACGAGACAACCAAGGAGACCCAAAGGACCACAUGGCUAGUCUGUAACGGUGUGGGGGGCAGAGGAUUGUGCAGUGAUUUGGACUCCCUGGCAGAUGAUCUGAAGUUCAUUCCAACCAUCGGCAUUGCCUUGCCUCUUACUCUCAUUGACGAGGGAAAGGAAGCCACAUCUGGUUUCUCUGGUCGAGCCUUCUGUUUCCUGCCUCUUCCCCCUGGGGAAGAAAGCUUGACUGGACUGCCAGUCCACGUCAGUGGCUUUUUUGGCCUAACAGACAACCGCAGAAGCAUCAAAUGGCGGGAGGUGGACCAGUGGAGGGACCCUGCAGCUCUCUGGAACGAGCUCCUCAUCGUGACAGUCAUCCCCAGGGCCUACUUCACCCUUAUCAUGGAGGCCAUCAAGAGGAUCCAAAACAAGACAGACCAAGACUUCACACUCUCUCCCAGAGGCACCUACGGGGCCUGGCCUGACCCCAACCGGAUCAAGCCUCGCUGGAAGCCUAUACUGGAGCCUCUCUUUCAUGACUUGUUACAGCAAAAGGUCAUCAACACUCUUACUAACAGCUGGAUCCAGGUGGACGAGGCUGUGUUUUCAGAGCUGGACACAGAUGCAGACACCACAGAGACUGUGAUCAGCUACCUUCAAAGCUCAGGGAUGCAGGUGGCUAGAGUGCCUGCCACUGUGGAUGUAGUCCUGAACUCUUACAUGACUGGGCCUGCAUGUGUGAACAAGGUGAACCCUUCCCUGGUGCGCCAGGUCAUCAGGAAGGCCAAACACAAAGUUUCCUCUCAGGAAAAGCUGCUUCUGCUCGAGUUUGUCCUUAGUGACAGGGGUUACAGUGAACUCAUUGGACUGGAGCUGCUGCCUUUGCAAGAUGAGACAUUUGCAGCAUUCUCCUCCUCUGUCAAUGAUAAGGAUGCUAUUUACAUCCCUUCUGAAGAGUUCCCCAGGUCUCUCUACCCUGGACUGGAGGGAAGAUUCAUAAUGGAGGGCAUUAAGCCGUCCAUUAUGAGCAGCCUGAAGGACGCUGCCAAAAGCAGAGUUCAGCAAUUCCUUUGGGGUUGUUCUGGAAGACCCUGCACUCAGGUUCAAAUGUUAACACCAGAACGGUCUUCUCGACUCAUAAAAGAGAUCCUCUCAAAAGCCUGGCCUACCAGAGAAUUCACAGUCCAAUGGGACCCUGGGAACCGAGAGAAAAAGCAUCCUACACUGUCUUGGUUGAAGAUGAUUUGGAAGCAUCUUUAUAUUAACUUUGCUGAUGACCUUAGUACCUUUGAAGAUAUGCCUUUGAUCCCAAAUGUGCCACUGGAGGAAAGUGCAGGCUUAAUCGAGCUCCAUCGUCUUAAAACUCCAUCCCCUAUUAUCAUUGCAGAUGAGGACACCCCACUUUCCGAAAGCCUUCUUGAAAUCAUGAAAAAACUUGGAGUAGUAAUGAUGAAAAAGUUGGAUCUUUGUUUGCAGCACCCUCUACUGAAGAACUACAUUCAUCCUUCAUCACCCAGUAUGCUAUUGCAAAUCAUGGACAAGUCGUCAACCCAGAGAGUGGCCAGCCUGGUCUCAUCCUUCUCUAGCAAACAAAAAGUUGCACUGAGAGACUUCCUGGCAGGGCUGUCUGACAUUACAGAAAAAGAGAAGCGUAUCCUGUUGGAGCUUACCAUCUUUGAGAAAAUAGGGCCACUUUCAGAAAAAAGCAUCCCAACAUAUACCUCUCUGAGAGGAGCAAGGGCAUUACACCAUACAGCCAAGUAUCCACCAGAUGUCAGGCUAUCUAUUAACCUUGUGGGCUGUAGUGAUGAGGCAUCAAUUCGUCUCAUUAAGAUGCUGAACGUGGAGCAGGUGAAAACUACUGACUGUUUGAAAUUGGUUAUUCAAGAUAUAGAGAGAGGAUUUUACUCAAAAGAAGAGAUCACAAAAAUUAUGCUUUGGGUCCUUAAGCAUAUGUCAUUCCUAAAGAAUGAAAACAAAUCUGUGAUUGGAUGGCUUUCUUCUCUGAAAUUCAUUUAUACAUCUGCAGGAAAAUCUGUUGCGGCUACCGACCUUUUUGACCCUGAGCUGGAGAUUUUGCAGACUCUGUUCUAUAUGGAGAAGAAUAGGUUUCCCACAAGUACAUAUACGGCAUCUCCUGAUAUCCUUCAUUCACUGAGACAACUUGGACUGAAAAAUGAAGUCCAACUCAUUGAAAAGGAUGUACUUCAGGUGGCACGAAAGAUAGAGGAAUUACAGGGUGGCAAUGAGCCAGAAUGGGAACCAAUUAUACAGAAAGCGAAAACACUGCUGCAAAUACUGAACAGACAAACCAAGCUGGUAAAGUCUUCGGAAGCUCAGAUAUCCUUGCAAAAACUGAAAUGGGUUCCAGUCUGCAAGGACAGACCUGUAAAUUACCCAAAGUCCCUUGCCUGGAUGGGAGACACCCAUAACAUUUGUUCAUUCUCAGAAAUGUGUGAUAUAUCCCAUGCAGUUCUUGUAGGAUCUUCAGUUGCACUUGUUGAGCGCACUUCAGCUGGUAUGAAGAAGGCCCUGAAGUUAUCCACAGAGCCACUGAUUGAUCAAGUGUUACAGCACUUAAAGGCUGUGAAUGACUGGCACAGAUCGCAAGCAUUUACCACAGAAGACUGGUAUCAAUUCCAACAAAUCCUUAUUGAGAUUUAUGACUUCAUGCAAGCACACCUUGAAGAUGCAAGAGAGGCAAUGAAGUCAUUGCCAUUUGAUUGGGUGUGGACUGGCAAGACAUUUUCAUCACCCUGCCACACAGUUCUAAAACCCAUUCCUGACCUUGAUUUGCAGCCCUACCUGUACUCUUUGCCAAAGACCAUUGCAAAGUUUCACAGACUUUUUAAAUUCUGUGGUUCAGUUGAAGAGGUUAUCCCAAACCAUGUUUUUGAUGUGAUCAAAACAAUAAGAAAAAGGUGUGAUGAAAAAAUGACUAAAGAGGAAAGUAAGCAUGAUCUUCUUCUUAUGAUAAAUAUUUUACGAUGGCUGUAUAACAGUCAAAUUUCUGUGGACAUUGACAUGCAUGUACCAAUCCUUUGCUACAAGGACCCAAACAAACUUGCCAUGAAACCAAUUCAUGAAUGCACCUACUGUGACAUUAAAGUAGAGGAUCUACAUGACUUACUUGAUGACACGUCUGAGCCCAUUAUCUUAAUCCAUGAUGACAUCCCCAUGAAAACAGCAGAAUGGCUGAAUGUGCCAUGUUUGAGUACCAGGCUGAUAAACCCAGAAAACCUUGGCUUUGAACAAUCAGGCCAACGGGAACCUCUGACAGUGAGAAUAAAAAAUAUUUUAGAAGAAUAUCCAUCUGUUGCAGAUAUUUUCAAAGAACUUCUUCAGAAUGCUGAUGAUGCUAGUGCUACAGAGUGUAGCUUCCUGAUAGACAUGCGAAAGAAUAUUGAAAUUCGAGAGAACUUGCUUGACCCUGGAAUGAUUAUAUGCCAUGGCCCGUCUUUGUGGUCAUUCAACAAUUCUACAUUCUCUGACACUGAUUUUCUGAACAUAACAAGAUUAGGUGGGUCAAUGAAGAGAUGUGAAGCAGACAAAGUUGGCAAAUUUGGCCUUGGAUUCAACUCUGUUUACCACAUCACUGACAUCCCAAUCAUAAUGAGCAGAGAAUUCAUGAUCAUGUUUGAUCCAAACAUCAACCACAUCAGCAAGCAUAUUAGAGACCGGUCAAACCCGGGAAUCAAGAUCAACUGGAGCAAACAACAGAAACGCCUGCGAAAGUUCCCCAAUCAAUUCAAACCCUUCAUCAAUGUCUUCAACUGCCAACUUCCUCUUGCCCAAGAGUGUCCAUACAAGUAUGAUGGAACGCUGUUCAGACUUCCCUUCCGAACAGAGCAAGAAGCAUCCGUAAGUGAAAUCAGCAGCAUCUACUACAACACCACAGAUAUCUACUCCCUUGUUGAUGAGUUCAGCAUGUGUGGCCACAGGUUAAUCCUCUUCACACAGCAUGUCGGCUCAAUGGUACUGAAGUACUUGAAAUAUGAAGAGCCCAAUCCAGCAGCAGCACAGGAUGUUGUUACUAUCAACAAAAGUGUUUGGUCAUCCAAAGCUGCAUAUGGACCGCUAAGCAUCCUGAAAUCUGCAGCAAAAGUAAUGAAAAAGGUAGCUGCCACCAACAGGGUACCGGCUGACACUCCCAAGUCUGGCUGCAUUAUACGCAUUGUGGUGGAGGAGUUUCACAAUGUGUUUAAGCGCAUAGUUGAUCUCCAGUCCCCCCUCUUCAGAGGUUCAGAAGAGGAUCCGUCAUCAUACUUUGAAAUGGCUGCCAAAGAUGGAAAAAACAGACGACUCACAGAUGAAAUGCCACAAAAAGCUGUUGAGUUAACAAACUGGCUCAUUUGUUCAUGUAUGGAUGUGACUGAAGCACUUAAAUUUUCCCUUGGUGAGAGCGGAAAACGACUUGGACUAGUCCCUUGUGGGGGUGUAGCUGUUCUGCUUUCAGAAGAGGAGAAUCGAAAAUGGACAGUAAAGGCAAAUACCAACCACACCAAUCCAAUAGGAGAAGUGUUUUGCUAUUUGCCUCUCAGAAUCAAAACAGGCUUGCCAGUCCAUAUAAAUGGUUGUUUUGCUGUGACAUCUAACCGUAAAGAAAUCUGGAAGACAGACACCAAAGGACACUGGAAUUCAGUGUUCAUGAGAAAUGUGAUUGUUCAGGCAUACUUAGCAGCACUCAGUAUGCUCCGUUCAAUGGCAGAAAGUGGAGAACUGCUUGACUAUAGCUACUACGUAGCAUGGCCUGAUCCAAGUGUAGUACACAAUGACUUCACAGUGAUCAGCCAAGGAGUCUAUCAAGAAAUUGCGAAAGGCGGUGACUGUGAACAUGCAAAAGUUUUUUCUGAUGGCAAAAUCUGGGUAUCAAUCAAAUAUGUCCGAUUCCUAGACGACUCCCUGCUCUGCAGACCAGACAUUGGUCCUGCAGCCUUCCAGAUAUUUUUGAAGUACCUCAAAAAAAGCGGCUCCCAAGACCUAUGUGCGGUUGAGCUGCCUGACUGGGUGAAGGAAGGUUUCGAAGAUGCUGGAUGCAAAGGAAAGCUAAUGGAGAACACUCUGACAGAAAAGCAGUUUUUCUCAGAUGUUUUUUUCCCUCAUAUCCAUGACAUUGACAAAGAACUCCGUGAUCCCCUAAUGCAUUAUGUCUUAAAUGACAAACUGGACGAAUUUGCAUCAAUACUUAAAGAGACUCCAUGUAUCCCAUGCUCUGCCCAGAAUCAGCAAUUAGUGUUACCAUCCAGACUAAUCCACCCAGAAGGAAGAGUGGCCAAACUAUACAACACUGAUGAUGGAAGAUUUCCAGAAGGAACCUCAAAAGACUACAUGAAUCCAGUAUGCUUGGUCAAGCUAGUACAGCUGGGGAUGGUUAAGGAUGACCUUUCUUGGGAGGAUUUGAUUGAACGUGCUGAAUCUGUGUUUGAUCUAAAUGAAAAUGAUCAUACCGCUGCAUGUCUUCGGAGCAGCAUUAUUCUGAGUCUCAUUGAUGAGAAGCUUAAAAUGACAGAUUCAGGAGCGGGUCAACUGCUGGAAAAGUUACAAGACAUAAAGUUUCUUCCAUUUCUGACAAAGCCUGCAGGAUUUUCACUACCAUGGCAUGGGAAUACUUUCCCCCCAUCCACAAUGUUUUCAGCCAAAGAACUCUUUACAACAGACCACCAGGACACAGUGUGCUUGAUGAAACCUAUCCUAAAUGAGAAUUCUCCAUCAUUCAAAGGGUGUGGCACAAUAACUUUGGCUGUUAAAGAUUAUCUUGGAUUGCUAAGAAAGCCAACAGUUGGAUUAGUUGUCAGUCAACUUAAGGAACUUGCCAAGUCAUUUGAUGGAGUUACUCUGUAUCAAGAAAAUAUCACCAACGCCUGCUACAAAUAUCUUCAUGAAGAAAUGCUCCAGGAUGCCAAGGCAAAGACACAGAUCAAUGAGGAGCUGAAAACCUUCUGCUCCAUUCUUGUGGAGAACACUUACGUUGAGCCUUUCAAAGUUGCAUUCUACCAGAACUUUGAUGCAGCACCAUAUCUCUACCAGCUUCCCAACAAGUACAGAAACAGUUGCCGUGAGCUAUUUGAAAAUGUUGGGGUUCAGUCGAGCUUCACUGUUGAGAACUUUUCAGCAGUACUUGAAUUAGUGAAACAGGAAUGUGGCAGAAAAGCACUCUCUGAAGAUAAAUUUCAGCUCUGUCGUAGAAUCAUUAGUGAAGGAAUAUGGAGUUUAAUCAGAGAGAAGACACAGGAAUUCUGCCAAGCUGCCUACAGGGAAAUUCUUCUUCCUGAUACCCAUCUUACACUCCAGCCUUCAAAGUCUCUGUGUUACAAUGACUGCCCAUGGAUCAAAGUCAGAGAUACAACUGUGAAAUAUUGUCAUUCAGAUAUUCCAAGAGAGGUUGCUGUGAAACUUGGUGCAAUUCCCAAACGUCACAAAGCCUUGGAAAGGUAUGCAUCAAAUGUCUGCUUCACUACGCUUGGUAGUGAGUUUGGACAAAAAGAGAAACUCACAAGUAGAAUUAAAAGUAUUCUCAAUGCUUACCCAUCAGAAAAAGAAAUGCUGAAGGAGCUCCUGCAGAAUGCAGAUGAUGCUAAAGCCACAGAAAUCUAUUUUGUUUUUGAUCCAAGAACCCACCCUACAGACAGAAUAUUUGAUGACAAAUGGUUGCCAAUGCAAGGCCCAUCCCUUUGUGUCUACAACAAUCAGCCCUUCACUGAGGAUGAUGUCAGAGGAAUCCAGAACCUAGGAAGAGGAACAAAAGAAGCAAACCCAGGCAAAACUGGACAAUAUGGCAUAGGAUUCAACUCUGUGUAUCAUAUCACAGACUGCCCAUCAUUCCUUUCAAACAAUGACAUUCUGUGCAUCUUCGAUCCACACGCACGAUAUGCACCUGGGUCAACAUCUAUUAGUCCUGGAAGAAUGUUUAGGGACUUGGACUCUGACUUUAGAUCUCAAUUCUCCGAUGUGCUUAAUCUUUACCUGGGAACUCAUUUCAAGCUUGAACAUUCUACAAUGUUCAGAUUCCCCAUACGCUCAACAGAAAUGGCAAAAAUAUCAGAGAUCAGCUCUGUUGCUGCCUCAGACAGAAUGGUGCAAAACCUUCUGGAUAAAUUAAAAAAUGAUGGAGCAGAACUCCUCAUGUUCCUCAACCACAUGGAGAAAAUUUCCAUCUGUGAAAUAGAAAAACCUACAGGUGACCUGAAGGUGCUAUACUCUGUGACUGCUAAAAUUACAGAUGGUGACCGUCUGAAACGUAAGCAAUUUCAUGCCUCAGUGGUGGAUAGUGUGACAAAAAAGAAGCAACUCACUCAAAUCCCAGUCCAACAGAUAACUUACUCAAUGGAUAUAGAGAACACUGAUGGCAAUUUGACAACUUGGAUGGUCUGCAAUCGAUCUGGAUUCUCCUGCAUUGAGAAAGUCUCAAAGAGUGUAAUAUCAGCCCACAAAAAUGAAGACAUUACUCUCUUUCCACGUGGAGGGGUAGCUGCAUGUGUAAGCCACAACUACAAGAAGCCCCAUAGAGCAUUCUGCUUUUUGCCCUUGUCAUUGGAAACUGGCUUGCCCUUUCAUGUUAAUGGGCAUUUUGCCUUAGAUUCAGCCAGGAGAAACCUAUGGAGAGAUGACAAUGGAGUAGGAGUAAGAAGUGACUGGAAUAAUAACUUGAUGACCUUUUUGAUAGCUCCUGCCUAUGUGGAGCUGAUGACUCAAAUGAAACGACGCUACUUUCCAGGACCUGAUCCUACCAUGACUGUGUUACAAGGAACACCAAUCCACAUUGUCAAAGACACUUUAAGGAAAUUUCUGUUCUUCUUCCCAGUCAACAGGCUUGACAUCCAGCCAGAUUGGUACUGUCUUGUCAAAGCAGUGUACACCUGCAUUCAUGCUGACCAAAAACGUCUCCUUCCUGUUGUUAGGGCACCCCAGAUUGACAACACAGACUUGCAUUCUGCUGUAUAUAUCUCCUGGGUGAACACUUCCUCUUCUUCAAACAAAGGCAAAGCAUUCUUUGACAAUAUACUACAGGAUGAACUUCAACAUCUGAAGAAUACAGAAUACAACAUUUCCUCACGUAAGUCUGUUGCAGAAAAUGUCUUCCGACUCAAAGCCUUGCUUUUGGAUGUGGGCUUUAACUUGGUUCAUAGUUGUGAUGAAACAGCCAGUCUUUACUUCUGUUUGGAUGAUGCAGGAAUUCCAGUGAGCUAUGUUACCCCAAGGGAUGUACGAAACUUUCUACUCACAUUCUCUUCCCAAGAUACGUCCUGCCAAGUUGGGAAACUUCCCUGUCGACUCCAGCAGUCAAAUUACAAGCUAUUCCACAGCCUGAAGCUUCUGGUUGACUACUGCUUUAAAGAUGUUGAAGAGGAUGAAAUCGACAUAGUGGGGCUACCACUGCUGAUAACAAUGGACAACAUACUCCAGGUGUUUGAUACCAAGAGACCUAGAUUUCUGACCACACACCAUGAACUGAUCUCAUCAAGAAAAGAGCUGUUCAUGAACACACUGUACAUGAGGUACAACAACAUCCUAAUGAAAGCAGGUGUUGCAAAGAUCUUUGACAUCAGCAGUUUUGGGGAACUGUUAAGUUCUGUUCUACCACGUGAAUACAGAACAAGGAUCCCUGUGAAAUGGAGAGACAACUACGCUAGUGAGUCUUGGCUAAAAGGUGCAUGGCACUUCAUCAGUGAGAACAUCGCAGUUAAGGAAGAGCAGGCAGGUGCCAAACCCAAUUUUGAGACUGUACUUGACAUACUCAAAGACUGGGCUUUGCUGCCAGGAAUCAAAUACAUGGUUUCAAGCACCAAGCUGGUUGUCCCUGAUCAUGACAUGCUGCUACCUUUGGGUUUGAUAAGCACGGCAAUCUUUCCAAAUGGGCAAAAUGACAAAGUAUUCCACACUCUCAUGAAGGGGGGAUGCAUUCAGGUUGCAGUCAACAAAAUAUGCGUCAAAGAGAAUCCUGUCCUCACUCUUAUGGCACAGCAUACAGCAAACAUUGACAAUCCCUCCAGCAUCCUGAGAGCACUGGAGUACAUGAUUCAGACAUCAACUUUCAAAACAGGAAGCUUAACUGACAAAGACUUUGAGGCUCUCCUGUUGUACUUUAACUGCAAUUUGAUCAAUCUCACCGAAGAGGAUGCACAAACUCUGAAACUGCUCCCAUGUUUCAAAUCAGUCAGUGGCAGAUAUAUGAGCAUUGCAAACAUUGGGUCAUGCUAUGUUCUGGCAAAAAGUAUUCCUUCAGCAGAUAUGGAAAAAUGGGCCCACACAACACACUUUGCAUUUCUCGCUGACAAUCCUCAGCUGAAGGAACUCUACAGUUUCCUUAGAUGUUCACUGAUUGAUGAUCUGGAGGUCUACCUGAAGCAUCUUCUACCAAAGUUUGACAGCCUGUCUUAUGAUGCCAAAAUUGAUCACCUUGUCUAUCUGAAAGACAGACUUAUGGAUAUAGAGGAGUCUUGUGGGAUAAAGGAUCAGCUGUAUGAGAAACUGGAAGGUCUGUCAAUAAUCUAUGAUUACACCAACAGACUAAAAUCUACCAAAAUGUUCUAUGAUCAAACAGUAAAGGUGUUCGAAAUGAUGCUCCCUCCAAAAGCAUUCAUUCCCAAUGAUUUUUUCAAAAAGAUUGAACAAGUGUCAAAGCCAAAAAAUGGGACAGCAUUUCACACCUCAUGGAUCACAUUCCUAAGAAAUAUAGGUCUCAGACACAUUGUUUCUCAGCAGCAAAUUCUCCAGUAUGCAAAAGAGGUAAGCAUCAAAGCUCAAACUGAGAGCUGGUCAAAAGAAAAAACCCAAAUGAUUGUUGAUGUUCUCCUUAACCACAUAUUCAAUGAGAGGACAGACCUAUUUGUUGGCUCCUUCCUUAAGGAACUUUCCAUGAUACCAUUCCUGUGUCCUGAGCGCGCACCAACUGAACUCAUCCGGCUCCAUGCUCAAUUCCAAGAGAUGAAUGGCACUCUCCCUCUAAUACGUUUCAGUGGGUCUCAAGUCAAUCCAAAAUUCAAGCAAACCGAUAUAAUUCAACUGCUAUGGACAUCAUGUCCCAUUCUCCCAGAAAAGGCCACACCAGCAGCCAUUAAAGACCAAGAAGGAAGCACACUGACUGGCCAAGAACAACUGGACUUAGUGCUGACCAUGUUAAGUGUAAACUUGGAACCCCCCUUGGACAAAGUGAUAAGCAAUUGUAAAAAUAUCUGUAAUAUAUCCAAUCCUGAUGAUGACAUGGUGAAAACAAGAAACAAAGUCUUGAGAUCCACCUAUGAAUUUCUCAAUGCAGAUAAAAGAGACUUUCGCUUCCAGCUACGAGGGGUAAGUUUUGUCAUGGUUGAGGAGGGUUGGAAACUUCUAAAACCAGAGGAAGUUGUCAUCAACUUGGACAAUGAAUCUGACUUCAAGCCAUACCUAUAUAAACUACCACUACCACUUGGCACCUUUCAUCAGCUGUUUAAGCUCUUGGGAACAGAAGAUGUUGUAUCAACAAAACAAUAUGUUGAAGUGAUGUGCCGUAUUCACAGAAAUUCUGAGGGAAAACAGCUUGACCCUAAUGAAAUGAGAACUGUGAAAAGAGCUGUCUCAGGGCUGUUCAAAAGCUUACAAAAUGACCCAGUUCAGAUACGCAAAGACCUUGAGAGCCUGAGGGAUUUGAUAUUUUACCUGCCAAGUCACGAUGGCAGAUUAGCCAAAUCCAACAGUUUAGUUUUUGAUGAUGCCCCACACUAUAAGAGCAGAAUUCAGGGAAAUGUAGGUGUUCAAAUGCUUGUGGACAUGAGUCAGUGUUAUCUUGGCAAGGACCAUUCCUUCCACACAAAGUUGAUCAUGCUGCUCCCACCAAAGCUAAGGCCAAGACUCCUGAGUAGUAUUCUUGAGGAGCAACUGGACGAAGAGUCUCCAAAAAUGUGCCAGUUUGGAGCUCUCUGUUCACUUCAGGGUCGCCUUCAGCUUCUUCUGUCUUCAGAACAGUUCAUCACAGGACUGAUAAGAAUAAUGAAACAUGAAAAUGACAAUGCAUUCCUUGUGAAUGAGGAAAAAGCCAUACGAUUGUGCAAAGCACUUUGUGAAGGAUUGAAGGUGUCUUGUUUUGAGAAACUACAGACAACCUUAAGAGUCAAAGGCUGCAGCCCUAUCCCGCUUAGCCGGAGCGAAACACUUGCUUUCCUAAAAAGAUAUGGCACAGCUGUUAUUCACCUCUAUAUCCAGCACUCAGACAGCAAAGACAUAAAUUUUCUCUUAGCACUGGCAAUGACGCUGAAAUCUGCAACGGACAACUUGAUAUCUGACACAUCAUAUCUAAUUGCUAUGCUCGGCUGUAACGACAUCUACAGAAUUACAGAGAAGCUGGACAAUCUUGGUGUCAAGUAUGACUCCACAGAACCCUCAAAACUUGAGCUUCCUCUUCCUGGAACACCCAUACCAGCUGAGAUACACCAUAUACUCCUCAUGGAUCCAAUGAAUGUGUUUUACCCUGGAGAAUAUGUUGGUUACCUUGUAGACUCUGAAGGAGGAGAUUUUUAUGGUGGAUAUCAGCCCACAUACACAUAUGCCAUCAUUGUUCAAGAAGUGGAAAAAGAAGAGGAUGACAAUCCAAGCUUCCUUGGAAAAUGCUUCCAAAUUGACAUUGGAUAUAGUGAGUACAAAAUAGUCAGUUCGCUUGAUUUGUACAAAUUCUCUAGACAAGAAGAAAGUUCUCAUAUUCGAGACAGCAGUGCCCCAUCAACUCCAACAAGCCCCUCAGAAUGUCACUCUCCAGGUCCUGGCCCACGAUUGGUGCCUCCCCAUUUUACUGGAAAGGAAAAUCAUAAAGUCCCUCCUACAAAACAAUCUCCGAAAAAGAUAAGACUUAGCGCAUUGCCAGACAUCCUAAAAGAAGUUAGUUUAGUUAUUGAGCAAGCUUGGAAGCUCUCUGAAAUGGAAAGGAAGAAGAUUAUUCGUCGGUUGUAUCUGAAGUGGCAUCCAGACAAGAAUGCAGAGAAUCUAGACAUAGCUACAGAGGUCUUUAAGCACUUACAGAAUGAAAUCAACAGGAUGGAGAAGCAUACUCUGACAGAUCAACAUAACACAGACAGAGCAUCCAGGAGAACCUUCUCAACAUCCUCCACCCGCUUUCAGUCAGAGAAGUUUUCAUUUCAAAGGUUUUACACUUCAUGGAACCAGGAGGCCACAAGCCACAAAUCUGAGAAACAGCAGUUCCGGGAGCAGUUCACUACCUAUGCAGGUUCAUCACAUUCUAAUCGCUUCUUUGUACCCCCAACCUUCAAAUCUGUGGGAAAUCCUGUGGAAGCACGUAGGUGGCUUAGGCAAGCAAGAGCCAAUUUCUCUGCUGCACGGAAUGACCUUCACAAAAAUGCCAAUGAGUGGGUGUGUUUCAAAUGCUACCUGGCUACAAAAUUAGCCUUGAUAGCUGCUGAUUAUUCUGUCAGAGGAAAAUCCGACAAGGAUGUGAAACCCACAGCACUGGCACAGAAAGUGGAGGAAUACAACCCGCAGCUAGCAGGACUUGCUAAGGAUGUUAACAUACUGGAGGGAUACGGCGUGGACAGUCUAAGAACUCGUUAUCCUGACCUGUUGCCCUUUCCCCAGAUCCCCAAUGACAGAUACACAUCUGAGGUGGCAAUGAGAGUGAUGGAAUGUACAGCACGGAUCAUCAUCAAACUUGAAACGUUUGUGCAGCAAAAAAUCUAAUUCAGCCAUGCUUUUGUAACAAAUCAGCCAGUUAAAUCAAGAACAUAGGGAUAGACCCUCUAAACAAUAGAUUAUAGUGGCUGUGUGCAAAUCUGAUAUGUUUAUUAUUGUUUUGAGGCAAAAUGUAAUAUCCAGCAGGCAGCUGAUAGCUUAGAAAUGCAGAACGCCAAUACCAGAUUUGGUUAUGUGGCCCAUGCUGUAUGUAUGGCUCUUAACAAAAAGUGGUCUGAAAGUAAUUUGAUGUGGCUGUACCAUUUAACAAAGAGAUCAAUUAUUUAAAGCUGCAAUGCUGUAUAUAAAAAUGCUCCAGCAAUACUUUUUUAAACCAAAGUCCCAGGUUGAACAUAUUUGCCCUAAGUAAAUGAAUUCAACUAUGCUGCUUUUUUACUUUACCUUUUAUAAAAGUAUAUUUUUCUGCCAUAGACAACCGUUUGUCUUUACUUUGUUACCAUCUAAAACGUCAAGUCCAUUGAUGCUAGACAAAUCUUGAGUUGUAAUGUGUUCUUUUAGCAACAUUUGAAAAAGAACCAACACAACAACAUUCUACCAAAUUGUACAUUUCAAAAUAUUUUUUUUUUGUAUUUUGAUUGUUGGUUUACUUUUCUUUCUGAACAAGCUGUAAAUGUUUUGUAUUAUAGCCUUUGCUUGAAAAUGAAGAAAGCACUUUCUCAAAACACUUCCUGUACUUGCACUUGCAAAGCGCUUGUGUAACCCCACUAGAUUGGUAGUAUUAUUACUAUGAAUGGAAAAUCAUUAAUGUUGAGUCUAGCUUUCUUAUUUCUAUAGUUUAGACUGUGUUUUAUCAUUGUUGACUGUCUCAUCAAACAUAGUCAGUUUAUCAGACUUUGGGUAGGGUCUUUUAAGAGAACAAUUAUACUCCCCAUUUACUGUAAUAAUGUAUAUGCCGACGAGUAUGUAUAAUACAUCAGGUACUUUUUGGGUGACUCAUGAUUAUUGGUUUCUUUGAAAACAUUGUGUCAAAGUUGUAAUUAUGGAUUAGAUUAGAUUACAAUGAUUUAGGGCACGGACUUUAACAACAUUUUAAUGUAGCAGAAUAUUAGAGUUAUAUUGUAACAUGUUUAUUUUGCCAAAGUCAAAUCAAGCUCUGUUUCAUUUGGUGUUUAUAUCUUUUCAUAUCAGAGGAAUAGUAUGGAAAGCAUCCUUGUGUGGUGCUUGUUUUGGUCAAUUUGCUGUACACUUCUUGUGUUUUACUCUACAUGAAUGAUUUUGGGACAACAAAUACACUGGCAACAUAUUGUUGAUACAUUAAAAUUUUAUGUUUUUAAAUUCA